AUGAUUCCCUUCUCUACUUGGGUGCGAAAGUGUAUCACUUUGGCACCAACAUUUUCUAAAACUAAAUCUCGUGCUCUUAGAUGGUUUAACAUGGACAUUGGUGUGAUCCCAUCAAGAUGGGAGUCUGGUGUGUUGUUUGGAUUCUACGCUUUAGGUAUCAUCUUUAUGGGUACGGAAGUCAACACUGCCAUCAAAGCUGGUGGUGGUUCAGCUGCCGUGGCUGAUCUUAUUGGUAUGCGUUUUGGUGUAUAUGCCACAGUAUUAAUCCCCUUAUUGUUCAUUUUCGCCGGUCGUAAUAAUUUCUUACAAUUCGUUACGAGAUGGAACUUUUCUACGUUUUUAACCUUCCACAGAUGGAUUGCCAGAGCCGUGUUCAUGCUUCUUAUGGGCCAUGUAGGCGCAAUCACUUAUUCUUGGAAAGGUCAGGUUGCUUAUUCUGUGGCCAUGUCUGCUGACUGGGUUAUUUGGGGUACUGUUGCUACUUGUGGCUGUGGGGUUAUGUUGUUCCAGGGAAUGCUUUCCCUUAGAAGAUUAGCUUACGAAAUCUUCUUGGUGGUGCACAUUGUGCUUGCUUUAUUCUUUGCUAUUGGUGCAGUGAAACAUUUGGAUCAUUUUGAAGGGUUCUCAGCCUUCGCAUAUGUUGCCAUUGCAGUUUGGGUUUUUGAUCGUUGUGUUAGACUCAUUAGAAUCAUCUCUUUUGGGUUCCCAGAGGCAACCUUGACUUUAAUGCCAGACAACAUCAUUAAGGUUGCUAUCCCCAAGAGGUCUUGGUGGAAGAGUACCCCAGGUGGAUACGGGUUUAUUCACUUUUUAACUCCCUCUACAUUCUUCCAAUCACAUCCAUUCACUAUUGUUGACUCUGUUGACUCCAAGAAUGUUAUCACUGUCUUUUGCCGGAUCAAAGGUGGUGUCACUCAUUCCAUCCAUCGCAAAUUAGCUGCGAAAUCUCUGUCGAUGACCAUGAGAGUAACCCUUGAAGGGCCCUAUGGAUUCCAAGCACCUGUGGCUGCUCAUGAUACUGUUGUAUUUAUUGCUGCAGGUAAUGGUAUCCCAGGUAUUAUUUCCGAGACUCUUGACUUGGCCAAACGUACCCGUGAUCUGUCAGCUAAGAAAGCGGAAUUACAUUGGGUUGUGCGCAACCGUUCUCAUGUUGGAAUAUUUGAGAAGGAACUUGCAGUCUUAGGCAAACAUAAUAUUGACAUAACUAUCUAUUGUACUGGUCUGUCUUUAAAUCCCUUUGCUACACCUACUAAAGCCGAGAAAUAUGACGAAAAGAAUCUGAGCCCUGAAACUCUGGAAUUCGAUGUCUCAGCAAGUACCCUUCAAACCAAUAGUCGCAUUAAUUGGAUAGAUCGUCGUCCAGACGUGCACACAAUAGUACGCGGUGGUAUUGAGCGUUCCAACCGUGCGGUUGCAUUCGUGACAUGCGCAAGUCCAGCGAUGAACGAUGAGAUCCGUUCAGCCGUAAGAGGUAAUUUGGUUGCCGGAAAGAGAAUCGACCUUAUUGAUCAGUUACAGAUUUGGGCAUAG